UGUUUCUUUGUGGGGGAUGGUUUUUUCAGUCCCAAUUGCUGCUUGUGGGAUCAUCAUCUUUUAAGCUUUGCCAUUGAGUCAGACUCAGAGACAAGUCCCCCCCUUCUCUCUCUCUCUCUCUCUCUCUCUCCUAAUUUCCUCUCCUUUGAACAUUAAGUUUGUUUAUUAGGCGAUGAGAAGACUCUACAGCAAUACCUACGAAGAUGAAGCCUAGCUAGAAAGAGAGAAAGAUAGAAACCAAAGCUGUCGAUGAUGAUGAAGAAAAAAGCUGAGAAAGUUUUAAAGCCGCAAGAAAGCUGUUUUUAACCGAAAGGAACUCCCUUUUCUCUUAUAAUUUCCCCUCAUGUUCUUCUCUCUCUCUCUCUCUCUCUCUCUCUCUCUCCCAUUAGUAUAGCACGGAAGACUGCACAGUGAGAAGACCCGCUUUUGUUCUUCUUGGGCUUAGCCUGUUUCAGGCGAUAAUCACGCAAUGCAAGAAAAAGAUAAGAAUUCUGCUCCAACUAUUAUGCUAAGCAGCAAGCUCUCUCCCACGGUUCCUUCUUCCGAUCACUAUUCUUCGCUGGAAACCGGAAGCCACAGCAAGCGAAAGCGCCGCCCCGCCGGAACUCCAGAUCCCGAUGCGGAAGUGGUCUCUCUCUCCCCAAAAACCUUGCUCGAAUCGGAUCGUUACGUCUGCGAGAUCUGCAAUCAGGGGUUCCAGCGAGACCAGAACUUGCAGAUGCACCGGAGAAGGCAUAAAGUUCCGUGGAAGCUGCUGAAGCGCGAGACGCCGGUGGUGAAGAAGAGAGUAUUCGUGUGCCCGGAGCCGAGCUGCCUGCACCACGAUCCGUGCCACGCGCUAGGCGAUCUCGUCGGGAUCAAGAAGCAUUUCAGAAGGAAACACAGCAAUCACAAGCAGUGGAUCUGCCAGAAAUGCUCCAAAGGCUACGCCGUUCAAUCCGAUUACAAAGCUCAUCUCAAGACCUGCGGCACCAGAGGCCAUUCCUGCGACUGCGGCCGCGUCUUCUCAAGGGUGGAGAGUUUCAUAGAGCACCAAGAUGCCUGCAAUAUGGGGCGGCUCAAAUCGGAUCAAUCCCAGUCUCUACAGCCAACAGCUUGCUUGUCAAGAACGGCUUCAAGCCCCAGCCCAUCCAGUGAAAACAACAAUCUCAACUCGACUCCAUGGACCAAUAAUGGCAUCGUCUUCCCAAAAUCAAAUCACAUGAUUCACAAUCUAGAGCUUCAGCUGUUCUCCACUACUUCAAGCGAAAACACUCACCCUUCCCCGAAAACUAACGACACGAACCUUCCGGUUCAACUCAAGCUGUCGAUGGGACAGUCGACGGAUCAUCGCUCAACCUUCUUGAAGGAGGGCGAGAUGCUCAAGGAGCAGGUGAGGCUGGCCAUGGCGGAGAAGGUUUACGCCGAAGAGGCGAGAAGAAAGGCGAAGCAGCAGAUCGAGAUGGCGGAGCAAGAAUUCGCCAAUGCGAAGCGAAUAAGGCAGCAAGCUCGGGCCGAGUUGGAGAAGGCGCAGGCUUUGAAACUGCACGCCACGAAGCAAAUCAACUCCGCCAUUCUCCAAAUCACUUGCCAUGCUUGCCGGCAUAAGUUUCACGCCGCCGCCCCCGCGCCGCCUCCGGAGGAGAACUCGCUGGUGCUGAGCUACAUGUCGUCCGCCAUUACAGAAGCCGAGGUGGAGCUUGAGAAUAAUAAACUUUAAUAAAUUCGAAUAUGGGGGUGUUUGAUUAAUGAGAGUGCAUGUUUUGGUAUUGAUCGAUCAUUGAUUUGUGAUUCAUUUAAAUGGGUUGGUUUAGAUCAUGAAAUAUAUCUGUAAUAUGAGAGGAAAUCAUGAAACGAAAUGAAUGAUGAUAAAUGAAUGAUGAAUCAGUCUUGUACAGGAGGAGGGGGGGGGGGGGGUCUUGUUUUUUCAUUAUCAUCAUCAUGAUCAUCGUGAAGAUUGGUUCCAUUUCAUUGAAUGAGAGUUGCAGCAAAGGCGCUGCCCUGGCUGGAUUGAAUAUUAUAUAAUAAUAAUGGGUUGGUUUCAUAGAUUUGCGGUUGCCUCAACUUUUGGUAUUGUUAGAUCUUCUGUUUGGACUAUUUGAAGAUCUUUGUUGGCCGAGGUGGUCAGAAGACGGAGGUGACCCGUCCUCGGGCAUUAAAGAAUGGUACUGGAACCAAAUUAUGACUUCAAAUUUCC